AUCCCAUCAGGAACUGCGCUGAAUUCUCAUCCAUCGCAAUGAGCAACAAAUUUCUGGGCACCUGGAAACUUGUCUCCAGUGAGCAUUUUGAUGACUACAUGAAAGCUCUGGGUGUGGGGUUAGCCAACAGAAAACUGGGAAAUUUGGCCAAGCCCACUGUGGUCAUCAGCAAGAAGGGGGAUUAUAUGACGAUAAGAACAGAAAGCGCCUUUAAAAACACAGAGAUCUCCUUCAAGCUGGGCCAGGAGUUUGAAGAAACCACAGCUGACAACAGAAAAACCAAGAGCAUCGUGACGCUGGAGAGGGGAGCCCUGCAACAAGUGCAGAGAUGGAACAGUAAAGAGACAACCAUAAAGAGGAAGCUGCUGGACGGGAAAAUGGUCGUGGAAUGCAUGAUGAAGGGCGUGGUCUGCACCAGAAUUUAUGAGAAGGUCUGAGAAAAUCGCUGCAUCAUUCAACUGGUGCUUCCCCACCUAAGACUGGGAAUCAUUCAGUGAGACCCGAGGAC